AUGGCUGCACUAUUCUCAGGCGCCGUCUAUGGCGCCUCUACGAUAGCUGCUGGCGUCUACUUGCCCUCAACAAUCAUCAAUCAAUUCAAGUUCCAGGAUUGGCAUAUGCUGCAAACCUCUCUUGGUGCGGUUGCAAGCAGCGCUAUCAUUUACAAAAUUGCCGAGAGAUACGGCUACGUUAAGCUUAAGCCCAGAAGUUCAUCACCGAUUGGACUCUUUGGACAGUAUGACGGUAACGUCAUAGGCGGAUUUCUCCUUGGAGCUGGCAUGGCUCUUUCAGGGUCCUGUCCAGGUACUCUGUUCGCACAAGUUGGAGCGGGUCUAAGGACUGGUUUCUAUACUCUCGGAGGUGCUAUUCUUGGAGGUCUCGCCUAUACAGGUUAUGUCGCGCAAGCAGCCAAGACUCAGAGGGAAAAGGCAGGUGUACAGCCCGAGACAGUAACUCUCGAUGAGAACCUCGGACUUUCCAACGAUACAACUGUUGCUCUGUUCGAAUCUGUCUGCCUAUCUAUCAUUGGAGCUUCUGUUGCAUACACUACUGGCUCCGACUGGUCACUCUACUCUGCUGGUGGUGGUCUCUUCAUCGGUCUCUCACAGCUCUUCUCGAUCCUUGUCCGUCGCUCCAUGAUCGGCAUCUCGGGUUCGUAUGAAGAAGUCGGAAAUCACUUUUGGUGGCUCACGCGAGACGCCCCUUGGCCAACAAGUCGACAGAACACCUUGUUCGCUGUGGGCAUGACAAGUGGUGCUUGGGUUCUUGCAAAAGUGCUCCCUUCAUUCGUCAAGGGCCAUGUCGUUGAGACAGAGCCGUUGCUUGCUGGAGUUGGUGGAUUUUUGAUGAUUGUAGGAUCAAGAUUAGCAGGAGGAUGUCCCUCCGGACAUGGCGUUAGUGGUUUAUCGUUGAUGUCGACAUCAAGUCUUGUCACUAUGAGCACGGCGUUUGCUGCUGGAAGCUUGGUUGCUCCAUUGUUUCAUUAG